AUGGAACUGAGUCUCAAGCUGCAAUCUUUUUCCCUCCCUUCCUCUGUUUCAAGUGUCAAGGAUGCGAGGUUCUCGAAGUCGGUUUCUUUGUACGAUUUGAAAUCCUCACAUCAGAGAGCUAAGAGGUCAUCAACAGCGAUUCCAGCUUUAGCUGAAACAGCUAUUUCUAUAGCGGUUGCAGCGACUGUUGUUGGUACGGCAGCCACUCUUCUUGUUCGGACAAGAACCAAAGCCUCUGAAGAAGCCGAGGCUUCUAUGAAAGAAUGUGAAGUCUGCGGCGGUUCAGGAAUUUGUUCUGAGUGCAAAGGUGAAGGAUUUGUUCUAAAGAAACUAUCAGAUGAAAAUGCUGAGAAAGCACGACUCACGGCAAAAAAUAUGGCCACACGAUAUACAGCCGGGCUUCCCAAGAAAUGGAGCUACUGCACCAAAUGUUCUUCAACGCGGUCUUGUACAACGUGUCGUGGGAGUGGAAAAAUAAGCUACUAG